UGGUUUUGAGCUGCUUGGUCUUUGCUCCAAUCAGAGGGACUGUGCCCUGCAGAGCUGAUAAGCUAAUCAAUACUGGAAAAAUCUCAGCUCACUGCUCUGCUAUCAUGACUGAGGGAAACUCUACAGAUGGGAAAAUAGACUGGAGGAAACUGGAGCCCAGGUACUCCGUCAAGAUUUUCAUGACCGUCCUGUACAGCCUCAUGCUGGUCACAGGGAUUGUGGGUAAUUCGGUAACCAUCAGAGUGAGCCAGGUGCUAAAGCGGAACGGCUACCUGCAGAAGAAUGUCACAGACCACAUGGUUAGCCUGGCUAGCUCUGACCUGCUGGUGCUGCUCAUCGGUAUGCCUGUGGAGCUCUACAGCGCCAUCUGGCACCCCUUUGGAUCGGCCUCAGGAAACGUCUCCUGUAAGAUCUACAACUUCCUGUUUGAAGCUUGCAGCUACGCCACCAUCCUCAAUGUGGCCACGCUCAGCUUUGAACGCUAUGUUGCUAUCUGCCACCCUUUUCGCUACAAAGCUCUGGGAGGAAAACGGACGUCUGCUCUGAUCACCUUUGCUUGGGUGCUAUCCAUGCUUAUCGCCUUGCCAUUGCUGAUCGCCACAGGAACCCAGGGACACAUACCGAUCCGAGACAACAUGCCCGUCCAGAAUCUGAGUUUCUGCACCAAUCUGAGGGAGCACUGGGUGAUGUUCAGAGCCAGCAUCUUUGGGGCUUUCGUUCUCUACAUGAUCGUGCUGAUCUCUGUUGCCUUUAUGUGCCGGGCGAUGAUCGCAGUACUGAAGAAGCCUUUGAGAUCCAUGGAGAAGAGCAUCAGUGGCAUUCAAAAGCCCGCCAAGCAUGAGAGCGAAGCGGUAAAGGCGGCGCGGAAGCAAACCAUCCUUUUUCUAGGUCUCAUCGUUGGAUCCUUGAUGCUCUGCUGGCUUCCCAACCAGAUCCGUCGUCUCAUGAUGGCCGCUAUUCCAAAGUCUGACUGGACUCUUUCCUUCUUCUCGAGCUACGUCACCCUCCACCUGGUGGCCGACACCUUCUUCUACCUGAGCUCAGUCCUCAACCCCUUCCUCUACAACCUGUCCUCCAGACAGUUCAGGGAGGUGUUUCUGCAGGUGCUUCAGUGCCAUCUCACCAUCGAACACGUCAACAGGCGCAACGUGGCGCAGUCCCAGGCCUCCUCCUCUCGCUCCCUGGGACCACUGCUGAUGAAAUCGCUGCGUCUCACCAGAGCUAGCAGAACGACCGUCCAGCAGAAACCUCCACCCACCUUCACAACGUUCCAGGCUGAGUCUGGGGGAGCGUCGGGUCAUCUGAUGACUGUGACUCUGACUGAGGAGCCAGGUGUGAGAGCUGACUCACCAUCAGAGACAGAAAUUUAA